AUGAGUCUGAAGAGUGGUUCGCGUGACAGGAAGACUAAAUCGUCCAAAUGCAAGAAUGACGUCGAAAGUCUUCAGAGCAAGGACACAUUAGAAUGCUCGCGCUUCGUAGGAGGCUGGCAUUACUGCCUGGUCAGGGGAAGCACCAAAAACGCGCUGGUUCUUUUGCGCAGGAUGUCGAGCAACUACGAGCAGGCUCCCGGGGUUUGUUUACCGAGAUGCACCCUGUACCAGCACUACUUGGACAACUGCCGCCGCAACCACUGGAACCCAGUGGGAGCUGCUGCAUUUGGAAAGUUGAUUCGACUGAGGUUUCCCAAAGUCACGACACGAAGACUGGGGACUAGGGGUCAGUCAAGGUACCACUACUACGGCAUCGGCGUAAAAACGACGUCCAUCUACUACGGCCAGGCCUACUGUGGGAAAAACAUUACGAGGCAAGAUUCCCGAUUCUCGGGUCAGAAAAUCAAGCGAACCGAGCAUAACGUCGAAAGGAAAUCCUGGAUGCAGCGCGGCAAACGUCACGGGUGGAACUUCUGGCCCGAACCCCAAGACCUCCGAAUCCCGGAAUAUAUCGACAAAGAUAAGCUGGACAGCUUUCUGGCCAUGUACCGGGCCCACUGCUGCAGUCUCCUGGACGCCGUGGUCGCCGCCAACUUCGAAGCCGUCAGAGACCUCGUGCUCCACUUCUGGACUAGCAUCUCGGAGUCCACGCUCGCCAUCGUGUCCCUGGACGUGGUUCUCGACGUUGUGACAGUUUGGGACAGCUACCUCUACGGGGUUAUGGAAGAAAUCCUGAUGCCCAAGGAAAUUCAAGAUAUUCCCGAAAGCUACGAAAGAGAAAUCAACUUCCUCGUCGAAGGAUUACCCGACUGGAUCUGCCGCAUUACGCUCCCCGGACCAGUUCGACACCGUAGAAUUCAAGUUCUGCAAGAAUGGACGAAGGUGCUGAAGCGUCAGCUCUCGUUCACAAAACUAGCUCAGUCCUGCCGGAGCGUGCUAUCCAACGCCGACCACACGCACUGCAUCUUGGACGACCUGAACGGGCUGGAUUUGGACGACGUCGCGACGGAAGCCUUUUGUUGCCUGGACGACUCAAGAACCACCUUUGACAUUGGCGUGGCUGAGCUCAUCUCACUGCUGAAAAAACACGCUUCAGUCGAGGACCUGACGGAGUGGCUGGACAUGGCGAUGGACAACGCUGCGUUGGAUGUCUGCAUCACGAGUGAGAGUAAACAGAGUCGCAGCCACGUCUACAAGGACUUCAUGCUUUCCUGGAUGCUCUUCUUUUCGGCAAUCAUGAGACACCUCACCCUUUCAGGAUCUCCAAGUUUCGGUCACAUCCACCUGGUGCGUGUCAUGGCUGAAGAGUACAUGCUGCUCGCCUUCGAGACAUCGGUGGCAAGGGAUGCCCGUCUGCGUCGCCAGGAGGCGGUGCUCUCGCUGGCCUUGCGACCUGAGGAACUACGGAUCAAGAUGGCGUCCGCCUGGGCGGCUCUGAGUUGCAGCAACCGGGAAUAGGACAAAAGAGAAACCUCAAGCAAGCAAUAACGGUUCUCAAAUGACGAGAAACUUCUGAGAGAUUUGUCACCGUAGUUCUAAUUUCCUGCAUUUACAACGUCAAGGCGUGUUGGCCUUGUUCGCGCAAUCAAUCCAUGUAGACAUUUUGGCAAUGAACACAACGUAUAUUUAGGCAGAUUAUAACAACGGUGUUUUGCACUGAACUUCAACUACAGUUGAUGGGCAUUUGAGGUGCUGUCUGGCAGAGGUACAUAUCAUAUGUCUGCUUUGUGCCAUGAAAAUUGAGCGGCUCAGUGUCAUCUUCAACAACUUGACCAAAUCUUUAAAAACUUGUCGAACUUUUUUAAUUUUUAUCCAACUGAAAUUUAUAAUUUAGUGCCGUGACAGGAAGAUAAUUUGUAAAAAUAACGAUGCCCGCCAAGAUGUGUCAAUUCGCGUACACAGCAAAUAAUUGUAAAUACGUACGCCAGAUGGCGACGCCUGCGUGAAUGUGCGCUACCCCGCGAACUUCAAACGACACGCCUGCUUUUUUUUAGGGAGCCAUCUUAGCGCAAGAAUACGCUGCCGAAGACGAAGCGCGCGUUAGCGUGUUGCACUUCUAUAAAAGAGUUGUACAAAAUUUCGGAUAAUUUUUCAUGUUUUUCUUUUAGAGUGCGGCGCAGACGGUCACUUGCGCGCGUGAGUCACGCUUGGGUGCAUUGCAGACAAACGCUCAGAUACGUUUUACUUUUUUACCACUAAGGUUUGUUAUUUUUUCAGAUAACAAUAUGCACUAUUUAUGAGAUUAUAAAUGAGGCUGUAAAUGAGGUUAUAAAGGACUAUACUGUGGUUGAUAACAAUAAAAAAAAGAAAAAAGAGAAGAAGACGGAUGUUUUGUUCCGUUCGUUUGCCCCUGUGACCUCUCAGUCUCGAGUUUUAUAUUCAAGGCAUGCUAUUAUUUCAGAACAUUUAGUUACAAACCGCUGCUACAAACAAUGUAAAAUAAUUAAAGAAAGAACUGCAGCACGAUGUCUCAGCAUGGAAUACGGUGGCGUAACCUCUGACGUCAUGAUGACACGUAGCGAAUCUUGCUUGGAGUUUCGGCUACCUCGUGACUUCACAGUGGACAUCACUGAAGUCCCACAGGAGGGGGUUCACUUCACGUUGUAACACUUCGUCAGAGUACAUGCUGGCAGUGAUUUAUACGAAACCAGAGGUUUUCGUACAAAGUACGAAAACCUCUGGUUUGCAUCCCCUGCGGAGGCCAACCCAGGAAUGCAUGACCCGUGUGCAUACCCUCCUCGGCCACAGAGACUACUCGCAACCACACUGCAGGCAACCAUAACGCAACGGUAUCGCGUGCCAUGACAUCACGAUGUCGGUGUCACGUGACGGCGCAUUUUCACGUGACACGUCAGUGUCGGGUGACUCACCGUGCCACGUGUGACGUUACACCGUCACGUGAAGUCCCUUGGCACCAUGACGCUUUUAGCGGAGACAUAUUUCACAGCUACACGAAACAAGCAGUCUGGGGCUUGGCACUGCGCAAGCGCAGAAGUUCUACACAUGCGCAGUGCGACGCUCCCGAGCUGUCCAGGGAGCCCGAAAGUUCCACCGUGUCUUCGUAUGAUACACCGUGUCUUUUGUAUGGUGUAUGUGCAGUAUACCGUCUGUUAUAUCCAAAUUGUCCAGCAUUGUUGGCUUGAUAUAUCGUAAUAAACACAUAUUUCCACUUAAGGUGAAGUUGUUAAUAUAUAAUUCAUUAAUUUAUUUCCAUAUAAACUAUGGUCAUCUAGUAUGGGGCACAACUACUUUUUACUAACUGUAAAAAAUAUUCAUUUUGCAAAAAAAGAUAUCAAGAAUUAUUAGCAAAGUCCCACUCGAAUAUCCAAUGGAUUCACUUUUUACUCAACUGGGUGUAAUUAAAAUUUGUGAUUUGUAUAGAUAUCGCCUUUGCGCAAAAUAUACGUAAA